GCCACUCACAGUUCAUUUCAAGGCCAAGAACGCCCCCAAAAUCUGUUUCUGAUUUUACAGAAAUCUUUUGAAAUUUGGCACGGUAUUCAAAAGUCUGUGGAAAGAAAAAAAAACCCUUGCCCUAGCUUCGGCUUCCAACUACGAAGACAGACUUACUUCUUUCAACGUUUUUCACAGAUCCGGUGACCCACGCUCUGAAGUCAGAAUUAGCUAACUUUCAAAAACAUCUGGAAAAAAUGAAGACAUGGUUAAAAAUUGUACUUGGAGUUGCCACUUCUGCUGUGCUUGCCUUAUUGGUGAUGUGCAUUGUCUUACGUCCUUCAAGAGUUCAUAACUCUGAAGGAAGGACAACAAGAGCACUCACACUGAAGGAUAUUUUAAAUGGGACAUUUUCUUAUAAAACAUUUUUUCCAAACUGGAUUUCAGGACAAGAAUAUCUUCGUCAGUCUACAGAUAAUAAUAUAGUAUUUUAUAAUACUGAAACAGGAGAAUCAUAUACUAUUUUGAGUAAUACCACCAUGAAAAGUGUGAAUGCUUCAAAUUAUGGUUUAUCACCUGAUCGGCAAUUUGCAUAUCUAGAAAGUGAUUAUUCAAAGCUUUGGAGAUACUCUUACACAGCAACGUAUCACAUCUACCACCUUACAAAUGGAGAGUUUAUAAGAAGAAAUGAGCUUCCUCGUCCAAUUCAAUAUUUAUGCUGGUCGCCUGUUGGGAGUAAAUUAGCAUAUGUCUAUCAAAACAAUAUCUAUCUGAAACAAAGACCAGAAGACCCACCUUUUCAAAUAACAUAUAAUGGAAAAGAAAAUAAAAUAUUUAAUGGAAUCCCAGACUGGGUUUAUGAAGAGGAAAUGCUUGCUACAAAAUAUGCUCUCUGGUGGUCUCCUAAUGGAAAAUUUUUGGCAUAUGCAGAAUUUAAUGAUACAGAGAUACCAGUUAUUGCCUAUUCCUAUUAUGGCGAUGAACAAUAUCCUAGAACAAUAAAUAUUCCAUACCCAAAGGCUGGAGCUAAGAAUCCCAUUGUUCGGAUCUUUAUUGUUGAUGCCACUUACCCUGAGCAUGUAGGUCCCAGAGAAGCGCCAGUUCCAGCAAUGAUAGCCUCAAGUGAUUAUUAUUUCAGUUGGCUUACAUGGGUUACUGAUGAGCGAAUCUGUUUGCAGUGGCUGAAAAGAAUCCAGAAUGUUUCAGUCUUAUCUAUAUGUGAUUUCAGGGAAGACUGGAAGACAUGGAGCUGUCCAAAGACCCAGGAACAUAUAGAAGAAAGCAGAACUGGAUGGGCUGGUGGAUUCUUUGUUUCAACACCAGUUUUCAGCUAUGAUGCCAUUUCAUACUACAAAAUAUUUAGCGACAAGAAUGGCUACAAACAUAUUCACUAUAUCAAAGACACUGUGGAAAAUGCUAUUCAAAUUACAAGUGGCAAGUGGGAGGCCAUAAAUAUAUUCAGAGUAACACAGGAUUCACUGUUUUAUUCUAGCAAUGAAUUUGAAGGCUACCCUGGAAGACGAAAUAUCUAUAGAAUUAGCAUUGGAAGCCAUCCUCCAAGCAAGAAGUGCAUUACUUGCCAUCUAAGGAGAAAAAGGUGCCAAUAUUACACAGCAAGUUUCAGCGACUAUGCCAAGUACUAUGCACUCGUCUGCUACGGCCCAGGCCUCCCAAUUUCCACCCUUCAUGACGGCCACACUGAUCAAGAAAUUAAAAUCCUGGAAGAAAACAAGGAAUUGGAAAAUGCUUUGAAAAAUAUCCAGCUGCCUAAAGAGGAAAUUAAGAAACUUGAAGUGGAUGAUAUUACUUUAUGGUACAAGAUGAUUCUUCCUCCUCAGUUUGACAGAUCAAAGAAGUAUCCCUUGCUAAUUCAAGUGUAUGGUGGUCCCUGCAGUCAGAGUGUAAGGUCUGUAUUCUCUAUUAGUUGGAUAUCUUAUCUUGCAAGUAAGGAAGGGAUAGUCAUUGCCUUGGUGGAUGGUCGAGGAACAGCUUUCCAAGGUGACAAACUUCUGUAUGCAGUGUAUCGAAAGCUGGGUGUUUAUGAAGUUGAGGACCAGAUCACAGCUGUCAGUUUGUGGGAGAAUUGCCGAAAUGCCGCAAUUUGCUGCCCGUUGUCUCUACUUUACCGUGACCAAGCGUCAACACAGAAAAUUCAUAGAAAUGGGUUUCAUUGAUGAAAAAAGAAUAGCCAUAUGGGGCUGGGAAAAGGUUCAAAUUUUCAAGUGACACAGGCACACAUCUCCUUCUGUUAUGAGGGUCACAUUUCUGAAUCACCUACCAAUUCCCUGGGGAAGAAAAUUGAUGAGUGCUAAACCUACUCCAGACUCUGCAAUUUGUAUCCCCUUUUGUAUUACUUUAUUUUUCCAUUAAGUUGGGGAGGGGGGCAUGUAAGAUUUUUUAAGACACCAGUGGCUUUUCCUCCUUUGCGCUGCUAUGCCAGAAAUCCUCAAAACAGAAUACGUAACACUACCUUAUACACAGACUCUGGCCGUGUCUUAAACUACUCAAAAGGUUCUUGUGUCCUUCCCUUGCUGUUCUGUUAUGAAAAUAAAUGAGUAAAUAUACAGAUAUAAGUGCUGCCUCACAGGAGUUUUUUGCACGUUGUGGGAAGUAUCUUGCUUUUACUUUUGGGGAAUGAUCUUCUUUUUUGUGUAUUUUUUUAAAGUAAAAAUCCUGUUUUUGCCAUAGCAAGGUCCUGGUUGGAAAAACAUAGAGGGGGAAAAAAAGAAUUUUGCAGAAAAAUUGCAAUUAUAGUAUCUCUUAAACUGCCCACACCAUGUUUGGAUCAGCACACCAAGUAUUUGUAAUUGACUAAGCUGAAAUUGUUGUCAUGUCUGGUGAAGUUUUCUACCAAGAGUGCAAGAUAGACAUUUAAUCUACCUUAUCCAUAUUCCCCAGCUCCCAUCAGCACUUAUUGUGAGUAGAAUUGCUAUACAAAUACCUUAGAGAGUUUAUGAGAGUCAAUCUGGGACUGACUUGUAC